AUGGCAAUAACAGAAGAGAAACCGGAGAGUACUCUUCGUGAGGAUGUCGUUAAUGCCAGCCUUGAGAAGGUCCUUGCUCGCCAUGGACGUGUAGAUCUAGCUCCUCUUCCUUCAGAUCUUCCCGAAGAUCCCCUCAACUGGUCAUCGUUCCGCAAGAAUAUGCUACUAGCAUUGGUAGCCUUUCACGCGUGUCUUGGGCCAUUUUCUGCGGCUUGUGUUAUACCCUCGUUCGAGGAUUUUGUCGUCGAUUUCGGCAUUACAUUGACUGAAGCAUCGUAUCUUGUCUCUGUACCUAUCGUAUUUCUCGGUACAAUUCCACUACUGUGGGCGCCGGUCAGCAAGCGAAUCGGCCGCCGACCCGUCUAUCUUGUGUCCAUGCUACUAUCCUCCGCCCUGCAACUCGCCUCCGCGUACUGCACUACAUAUGGGACAUUGAUGACAUGUCGCGUCCUUGUCAGUGUAUUCAUCUGUCCUCCACAAAGUAUCGGGGCUUCCACAGUUUCGGAAGUGUUUUUUGUGCACCAGAAAGGUCAGAAGAUGGGGAUCUGGGCAUUAUUGGUAUCGGUUGGGCCGACCAUUGCGCCGUUAAUCAUGGGCCCACUCGUUUACCACACAGGACAAUGGCAAUGGACGUUUUACUUCCUCGCUAUCAUCAACUUUGCCCACUUCGUCUUAUACAUAUUCUUCUGUCCCGAAACCUUAUUCGAUCGACCUGAACGGUCCAAGAUUGGUUCCCCCGAAACUACUAUGGAUGAAGAGACCAAUACUGGAAAAUGGUACACUCCAUAUACGACUUUCCGUAUACACAGUACAGAGCCGUGGAUCAGGCUGCCUCUGGAUGUCAUUUCGCCUCUACGGUUUCUACUGAAGCCGACGAUUUUGCUCCCCGGUCUUGCAUAUGCAAUCACAUUCACAUAUACUAAUGCUACGCUUUUAGGGCAGAAGUAUCUUCUCAAUACGCAACAAGUUGGUUUGCAGUUCGUUGCUCCGUUCCUCGGGGCACUGCUGGGAGAGCCUAUCGCUGGAUACGGUUCGGAUAGAUGGAUGCAGUAUCGCGUUAGAAAAGCUGGUGGAGAAAGAGAACCGGAAUGGAGACUUCCUUUUGCCAUUCCUGGGUUCUUAAUCGCUAUCGUAGGGCUAAUGAUCUUCGGAGUACAACUCCAGAAUACACGAGCUGGAGUGUGGAAUGUGACGCCGGAUGUAGGAUCUGGGAUUGCGUUGUUCGGGCUACAGCUUGUCACCACUGUUUGCACAACCUAUGCCAUCGAAUCCCAACCUGGGCAUACAGGACAGGCAGCUUUGAUGGUCGCAUUCAUCAGACAAAUGUAUGCUUUCACUGGCCCAUUCUACUUCACACUGCAGUUUGACUCCAUGGGGACUGUGAAUGCAUGUGGUCUUCUUUCUGGGUUGAUUGCAAUCGGGAUGUGCUUCGUCAUCAUAUGUAUGAUAUUUGGCAGAUCUUGGCGUAAAGGAGAGGAAGUCACCAAUGAUUCUGGAGAUCGGGAGAGUGCUAUCGCUGGGAUUUUAAGCGAUGAAAAGGUGAAAGUUUAA